AUGGAUUUGUUUUUGAGGGAAACACCUGGGCUUGAGGAACUUGAUCCUUCUUUUGACUCUUUGGGGAGUGAUGUGACAGUGGAGGAAGUCAAGAAAGCCAUAGACGGUUUGUCUAUAAAAAAGUCUCCAGGCCCAGAUGGGUUAACAUCUGAAUUCUUCAAAGCCUUCUCAGACAUCUUGGCUCCUCAUCUCAUGGAGGUAUUUAAUGAAAGCCUGGAUGAAGAAGUCAUUAGAACAAUUAUAGACAAAUUAUAUGGGGUUAAAAAGCCUAAGAUUGUGGAUAAAUGGAGAGAGGAAAUAGCUAUAUUAAUAGAAGCUGAAAGGGAGUUAGACCCAUGUAUGAUACCAAUGAUGAUAAUGGCAAAUGAGGAAAUUGGGAGGCGGUGGUAUAUUAUCUGGCCUAAGAGAAAAGAUGAGGAAGUUAGUAAUGCACAUAUAUCCACUUCUAGGGAUACCCCUGAAAGGGAAAAUGCACAUAGUAAUACACAAGGAAAUAGUGCAAAUGUAGAUGGGUCACAGUUUGAGACAAUGGUAGAUAGAGUGGUUACCCAGUUAGAACGCUGGCACUAUGAAGGGAGCUAUAGGAGAUUACGAAUAUUUUCGGGGAUAGUGCCUGUACCACUAGGUGAAGAAACGUACGAGUCCUGGAAGGAAGCUGCUGUUCAGCAAGCUGAGGAAUGGCAAUGCCCUGAUAAAAUAAAAAGGCAAAGAGUGGUUGAAAGCCUAAGAGGGCCUGCCAUGGGAAUAAUACAGGCAGCUAGACGAAGUAAUCCACAAGCUACUCUUGAGACGUAUUUCGAGGCUCUAGAUUAUGCCUAUGGUACAUUAGAAGAUGUAGGAGAUUUAACAUCUAGGUUACAUCAUACAUUCCAGGAACCUGGAGAAAAGUUAAGUGCUUACUUAAUAAGAUUGGACAAACUUUUGUACAAGAUAGUAGAGAAAGGCGGAAUCACCCGGGAGGAGGUAGAUAGAAGUAGAAUGAAACAGUUACUGAGGGGAGCACUGACCACUGAUUCUGUGGCCCAGAAAAUUAGAUGCUCUGGAACAAGGGAACCUAUUCCUACUUUUAAUGAAUUAUUGAAAGAAAUAAAGCAGGAAGAAGUAUUAAUAGAAAUGAGAGAAAAAACUAUAAAAAAGGUUAAAGUCGUUCAACCUUCUAUAGAAGUAAAUCCUUUUGAAGACAAGAUAGUUAAAAUGAUAGAGGAGCAAAAUAAGAAAUUUGAGCAAUUUAUAGCCUCUCAAGGUAGCAGAAACUCUGGAAACCUUUCUCAGAGGAAUAAUAAUAAUUCAUCUGAUCGAGGCAUAGGAAGAGGAAACUCUUACAAUAAUAGGGGAAGAGGAUGUUUUAGAUGUGGUAGAAUGGGACACAGAGCCUUUGAAUGUAGUGCUAAUACUGACGGAUCAUAUACAAGAACUCCUGUAACUAGUCAUAACGCAAAUAGAGGAAAUACUACGGGGCAGGGAAACGAACAGGGGAGGGCUGUGAACCCCUCACAGUCCCCCUAG